AUGAAGAUGUGCGAGGACAUUUAUGCAAAUGUUAAGUUUACAAAAGAUCAAAGAUUUAAUUUAAAGAACAACAAAAAUUCCCAUGAUGACAUUUAUAUAAAUGAGAACAAACUGCAGACCUGCAGCACCAGAAGUGACCAGAAUAAGAACUCAGGCAGUGAAACUGCAGGAAGCAGAUUAUACAGAGGUAUUACAGUGGGCUUGUUACUGCUCUGUGUUCUCCUGCUGGCCGGCAUCAUAGUACUGGUUGUAAAAGACAACCAGUUACAGACCAGUUACAAAAACCUGACCAUAGAGAACGACCAUUUACAGACCAGUUACAAAACCCUGACCAUACAUAAAGACCAGUUACAGACCAGUUACAAAACCCUGACCAUACAGAAAGACCAGUUACAGACCAGUUACAAAACCCUGACCAUACAGAAAGACCAGUUACAGACCAGUUACAAAACCCUGACCAUACAGAAAGACCAGUUACAGACCAGUUACAAAACCCUGACCAUGGAGAAAGACCAGUUACAGACCAGUUACAAAACCCUGACCAUACAGAAAGACCAGUUACAGACCAGUUACAAAACCCUGACCAUACAGAACGACCAGUUACAGACCAGUUACAAAACCCUGACCAUGGAGAAAGAGCAGUUACAGAAGAAGAAUGUGCUGGCUGUAAAGAACAACCAGUUACAGACCAGUUACAAAAAUCUGACCAUAGAGAACGACCAGUUACAGACCAGUUACGCAAACCUGACCAUAGAGAACGACCAGUUACAGACCAGUUACAAUGACCUGUCCAUAGAGAAAGACCAGUUACAAAAGAAGAAUGAUAAAUGUCAGAAUGUGGUUUCUUACCUUGUACUGGCUGUAAAGAAGGACCAGUUUCAGACCAGUUACAAAAACCUGACCAUAGAGAAAGACCAGUUACAGGCCAGUUACAAAACCCUGACCAUAGAGAAAGACCGGUUACAGACAAGUUACAAAACCCUGACCAUAGAGAAAGACCAGUUACAGACAAGUUACAAAACCCUGACCAUAGAGAAAGACCAGUUACAGACAAGUUACAAAACCCUGACCAUAGAGAAAGACCAGUUACAGACAAGUUACAAAACCCUGACCAUAGAGAAAGACCAGUUACAGACAAGUUACAAAACCCUGACCAUAGAGAAAGACCAGUUACAGACAAGUUACAAAACCCUGUCCAUGGAGAAAGACCAGUUACAGAAGAAGAAUGAUAAAUUGGAUGUGGAGAGAAACCUGUUGAAGACGGAUAACUACAACCUGGCUGCGGAGAGAAACCAGUUGAAGAAGGAUUACUAUAGCCUGACUGUAGAGAGAGACCAGUUAAAGACGGAUAACAACAACCUGACUGUAGAGAGAGACCAGAUGAGGAAGCAGUUGAAUUUGCUACAGCAAGAAUGUACAUAUUUCAACUCCAGUGUUUACAGCAUCACUACUGAGAAGAAAAGCUGGAAUGAGAGCAGACAGGACUGUAUACAGAGAGGAGCAGAUCUGGUGAUCAUUAACAGCGAAGAGGAACAGAAUUUCACCAGCAGAUGUUUUACCCAGGCUUGGAUUGGUCUAAGUGAUUUUGACAGAGAUAGAUUGUGGAUGUGGGUGGAUGGAACAGCACUGAACACUGGGUUCUGGUCAGAUGGAAAACCCAAUUAUCAGGAUGGAAAUCAGGACUGUGUUGAAACUGGCUACACAAACACUUCAUUGAACAGCUGGAAUGAUUAUUGGUGUAAUAUCAGUAUGGUUGGGAUCUGUGAGAGAAUAAUUUUUGCCCCCUAAAUAUUUAAAUAAUGAACAGAGACCAAAUUUUACUCCUGUGAUUCUGGAAUUCAGUUGUGCUUUUGUUCUCCAGCUAUCUGUGAAAUUAUUUGUUUUUAACAAAAUACCAAAAAUGUUGUGCCCUGAAAUGCAUUACAUAGCCAAAAUUAUUUGGACACCUGACUGUGAGCUUGUACUAUUAUCCUAUUUUAAAAACAAAUUAUAUUAAAACUCUAAACAAUAGAGUGAGCUCUAUUUGAUCUUUUCAGUUAUAACAGCUACUAUUCUGAGAAGACAUCUCAAAAGAAUUUAAAGUAUGUCUGUGGGAGUUUGUGCCCAUUCAGUCAAAUAAUGACAGUGUUUGUAUGACUGGGCGCUGAUGUUGGAUGUUCCAGUUCAUUCCAGAGCUGUUGAGUAAGACUGAGGUCAGGACUCUGUGCAGAACACUGGAGUGAAUUCUUUAUAGAGCUUAUGAUAGAACAGGAAAAGGGCUUCCCUAAACUGCUACCGUGAAGCUGGAAGCAUAUCACUUCCUUUGUGUCACAGAUUAAUUAAACCACAUAAAUUAAAAAAAUUAGAAGUGGUGUCCCAAUAUAUUUUGUCCAUAUAGUGUAUGUAACAGACUAAUAUUUUUAUUUUCCUAAAUUACAGUUACAUCCUGUUUUUUUCUGUCUGUGUGAGAAAUGUGCUGGGUUUUGCUCUGGAGCCCCUAGAGCUGGUUAUUGAGCAGAGAAUUUUGCACAAGCUGCUCAACGUAAUGGACAAUACCACACACCCGUUACACGACCUGCUGAUUAAACAGCAAAGUGCCUUUAGUGGAAGGUUCCGCCAACUUCGCUGCAACAAAGAGCGCUAUAGGAAGUUAUUUCUGCCCACAGCAGUGGCUACCUAUAAUAACUCUCACUGGUGCAAGAGAAGGACGCAGAAGCUAUAACACCCAGGAAAGACAAUUAAACUUACAAUUUGCACAGGGUACUGUUUUUAUUUAAAAGUUUCAAACUGCACAACGUCUGUAACUGAACCUUCAGCCCCUCCCCCCCCCCCUUUAGUGUCUUUUGUUCUUGUCCUGUUAGAUGUUUUUAUAUUAUUAUUUUUUUAUAUUAUUAUAUUUUAUUUUCUUCAUAUAUGUAUAUUUUUAGAUUUUAUAUCUUACUUGUAUUUACAUUUGUACUAAUUUUUUUAUUCUUUAU